UUCGAAUAAACUCGGGUGAAAUUUGGAAAUUACAGAACAAAGCGGUGACAGUGAGCAUUAGUGAUUUAUUAGUGAUUUAUCUGAUAUUUAGUGCUGCAUAGCUACUUGAAUCCUUGUGGUUGGCAAGCUGGAGAAGUGUACUCGAAAAUGUUCGAAUCCAUUGCAAACGUGACAGUGGAACAGAACGAUGUUGGCUAUUUAAGUCCGUUUCUGCAGGACCGAUGGAAUGCAUUUCUUGAUGUUAUUGGCGAUGAUCCCGAUUUUCUCUAUGUUUGGUUCCUGACGGUAUGGGCUUACGGGUUGUUCUGGAUUAUUGGCGGUAUGUUUGCGUUUAUGGACCUCACGAAUAAACCGGCUUGCAUGCGCAAAUACAAAAUACAGCCCGGGUCAAACGAGCCCCUGGAGUGGAGCAAAUUGAAGCCCGUAAUCAAAACGGCCAUCAUUAACCAGCUGGUGUAUGGAGUUCCCACAUCCUACCUAACAUACCAUGGACGGAUAUGGAUCACACCCGGCCACCUGCCUAACAUGCGGGAGCUACCGUCGCUGGAUAUUUUUAUCCGCGAUAUGCUGAUCUGCAUCCUCAUGUGGGAAGUCGCCUUCUAUUACACACACCGAUUGCUGCAUGCCAACUUUUGGUACAAGCACAUCCACAAGAAGCACCACGAAUGGCCGGCACCGGUGGCAUGGUGUGCGAUCUAUGCUCAUCCUUUUGAGUUCAUCAUCAGCGAUCUGUUGCCGGUGUACGCAGGACCCGCUCUAAUGACAAGUCACCCGGCAACUGUGGCCGUUUGGCUUGUGUUUGUCAUGGUGGACACCCUGGUGGACCACUCCGGAUACCAUUUGCCAUUCCUUGGAAGCUCCGAGCAGCAUGACUAUCACCAUUUGAAAUUCAACCAAUGUUAUGGAAACUACGGCUGGUGGGAUACCCUGCACGGUACGAACGAAGAAUUCCGCAAGAAGAAGCAAUACCUUCGGAACAAGAGAAUAUUCUCUCUGAAAUCAGCUCGGGAGCUGAUUCCAGAAGACGACUAGACAGGCUCGGCUAUGCUCAUCAAAAUUACAUACCUAAUUAUUAUUCACAUUAAAAACAGUUAUCGUGUUUAAGCGAUAGUUAACUGAAGAUUAAUCAUCAUACGUUUCAUGAACAUAUCGGUUUUAGGUGGUAAUAGCUUUAGGUAGCAAUAACAGUAGAUUACGCUUAAUGACAUGUUAUUCGUAGAUGAAAUAACUAUUUUUUAGUCGUUUUAGGAACAAUAUUUGUUAUGCAUGACUUGUUAUAAAAUAAUAUUUAA